AUGACUACAUUGACAGCAUCGACACUUGCAGCUCAGCGAAUAACAGCACUUCAAGUUGUUGUUGUUGUUGUUUCAUGCCAUCUUUGUCACAAUGAGCUUGGUGAUCGUUGUUGGCAGUGCAACUAUCUGGGCAGACCAAAUUCAAAGUUUUGUUUCCGUUGCAAUGCGAAAUUACACGUCAUCGAUAUGCCAACGCCAGAUUCAAUCUUACCAAUUCCACCAUACAGGCCAAACAGCAGUCAACAACAGCAACAGAAUAAUAAUACUAAUCAAUUAUACACUCAUAAUGUUAUAAAUGGUAAAUUACCAUCUACACUCAAUAUUGACAUGUCUUCGCCGUCCUCGGUUUCUUCGAUGCCAGCAUCACCUAGAGGUCUGGUCGAUACCGAGCCAGCGAUCCAUUCGAUUCGUUCCAUCAUCGAUAGUAUCAACACCAAGAGUGCAACAGCAACAACCUCGCCACCCAAUUCAACGCCACGCAGUGAUGCAAAGUCAAGAUUUUCAAUGGUUCAUUCGAAGCGAUCGAUUACACCAACAUCUCCACCAUCACCAUCAUCAUCCACCCCAACCAUUCCAACCACCGGCUCAAUGUCAACCUCCAACAUGACAAAUUCCACCAGUUUAACAUCCAUAGUCAAAUCUACAUCAACUUCAUUUGAUAGUUUUAAAUCUUUAUCCAAUAAUAACACAACCACCAAUAAUAAUAACAGCAACAGCAGCAACAAACAUGAACAUCAUAGUAGUAGUGACAAACCAUUUAUAACAAUAACAGUAAAGCAUGAAAACAAUGGAAUUAUAGAUUAUUCAAAACGAUUGUCAUCCAAUAGCAGUGCAAGUGGAGACGAUAACACUGUUUCAAUUAAUUUGUUGGAUCAACUGCUCGCUGAUACUACAGCUUUGGCAUCGGUAUACAACAACAGAAAUGGCAACGACAACAAUCAAAACAACAUUGACAAUGAAGAAAAGGAUAUCAACACGAAUAAUUUAUACGAUAGUAAUAUGCUACACAAUAGCAAUGCUCUUACUUCAAUUACACCUCUUACUACACUCUCUGGCUCACCAGUUUCCAACUCAACUUCCACCUCCUCGCCUUGUCUCAUGUUGUCAACACCAAACCUCAUUGAAGCAAGUGCUUCGCCGUGUGAGCAAUUUCAAUCGCCACGUGGCAACACCAACAACGCAGAUGAAGCAUCAACAAGCACCACAACAAACAACAAUCAUCAAUAUUGCAACAACAACAGCAGCAGUAAUAAUAUCAACAAUACAAUCAGUAGUAAUAGUAGCAGUGGCAGUGGAAAGCGAAGAUCGUUCAGUGGAUCCGGUUCUCUGUCAAUUUUCAAUGAGAUUAUCGAUGCUUUCCCAACGCCACCGGAAACAAUGAUACUCUCACCGACCAACUCCAACAGCGGAAAGAACGGAGCUAACAGCUCAACCAUUCUCUCACCGAAAACACCACUCUCAGCUUCACCAUCACCCAAAUCGACAGCGACAUCGACUUCACUGGCAUCGGACCAACGAACCUUCCUCAUCAAGGAGAUCAUAUCGACCGAGCUAGACUAUAUCAAUGAUCUCGAGACUAUCAUCACAGUAUUCUACAGACCUCUCAGAGAUGACCUAAAGUUAAUCUCCACCGAGGAGUGUGCCAGUGUUUUCUCAAAUAUCGAACAAAUAUUUGAAGUAAACAAAGAGUUGUAUAGUAAAAUGAUAAAUUCAUCUUCAACAAUUGGUGAAGUUUUUUGUUUAAUGUCUGAUUCAUUAGAUGUCUAUUCUGUAUAUUGUAAUUAUCAUCAAAAAUCACUUGAAAGUUUAUCAAAUUUAACAAAGUUACCUCAAAUUGAAAGUUUUAUCUCCGAUAUCAUUUCGAAACCAGAAUUAAGAGGUAUGAAUUUACAUUCAUUUUUAAUUAAACCAGUACAAAGAAUUUGCAAAUAUCCUUUAUUAUUAAGAGAAUUAUUAAAAGCUACUCCAAAUGAUCAUCUUGAUUAUGGUCAAUUGAUUUCGGCAGUUGCAAAAAUAGAACAAAUAGUAAAUAUAAUUAAUAAGGAGAAAAUGGAAAACGAAACAUGGCAAAGAACAAUGCAAAUCAUUCAAUCUUUAAAAGGAGCAGAGAAUUUGCAAUUAUCAAAGAGACAUUUGUUAAAUGAAGGAAAUUUACAGAUGGUGGAGGGAUACAAUGAAAACUCUGAGAAGAAAUCAACAUUGAAGUUUAAAAAAGGAUUUUUCUUUUUAUUUAAUGAUAUCUUUUUGUUUGCCAAGCAGAAGGGUAGUGUUUAUCGAUUGAUUCUAAGUGUUCCACUAGAUACAGUAUUGGUACACAGUAGUAUUUCAACAGAUAAACAUUUCUUUACACUUGUAGAAAUUGGAAUCGGUGGAAAGAGAUGGACAUUUUUCCCUCAAUCUAAAGCACAGAAUCAAGUAUUGGUAAUUUCAAUACAGAAGCUCAUUGAGAAGUGUUGGGAAGGACGAUAUGAUCCAAAACCAACACUUGCUGCCAACAACAAUGGAAAUCAAGGUGCACACUCACCAAGUAUGCAAAAGAAAAAGAUCAACAGAUUAGUCAAGAGUUUAAAACAUUUAGAAUGA